AUGGCGGAGAACGCGGCCGAGAGCACGGAGGUGUGCAGUGGCCCUUCGCAGCCUCCUCAGCCUAUUGUCAUUCCAAAGCCUGUUCAAUCUGUCAUCCACGUACCUUUGCAACCAAGCUGUCCAGGCCGAGGCAAAAUGGCAAAGCUCCUGAAUCCAGAAGAAAUGACAUCCAGGGAUUAUUAUUUUGACUCUUACGCUCACUUUGGAAUCCAUGAGGAAAUGUUAAAGGAUGAGGUGCGUACACUAACAUAUCGAAAUUCCAUGUAUCACAAUAAGCAUGUUUUUAAGGAUAAGAUUGUAUUGGAUGUUGGAAGUGGCACAGGGAUCCUCUCCAUGUUUGCUGCCAAGGCAGGAGCCAAGAAGGUAUAUGGGAUUGAAUGCUCCAGUAUAUCUGACUACUCAGAAAAAAUUAUCAAGGCGAACCACUUGGACAACAUAAUCACAAUAUUUAAGGGUAAAGUGGAAGAAGUUGAAUUGCCUGUGGAUAAAGUAGACAUCAUCAUCAGCGAGUGGAUGGGUUACUGUCUUUUCUAUGAGUCAAUGUUAAACACAGUCAUCUUUGCCCGGGACAAGUGGCUGAAACCUGGAGGGCUUAUGUUUCCAGACCGGGCUGCUUUGUACGUGGUAGCAAUUGAAGACAGACAGUAUAAGGACUUCAAAAUUCACUGGUGGGAGAAUGUGUACGGCUUUGACAUGACCUGUAUUAGAGACGUAGCCAUGAAGGAGCCCUUGGUCGACAUAGUAGAUCCAAAGCAAGUGGUGACCAACUCCUGCUUGAUUAAGGAAGUGGAUAUUUAUACCGUGAAGACUGAAGAACUGGCAUUCACAUCUGCAUUUUGCCUCCAAAUUCAGCGCAACGAUUACAUUCAUGCCUUGGUCACCUAUUUUAAUAUUGAAUUUACGAAGUGCCACAAGAAAAUGGGAUUUUCUACAGCCCCUGAUGCUCCCUACACCCACUGGAAGCAAACUGUCUUCUAUUUAGAGGACUACCUAACGGUGAGGAGAGGUGAAGAAAUCUAUGGAACUAUAUCCAUGAAACCAAAUGCAAAAAAUGUGCGUGACCUGGAUUUCACAGUAGACUUGGAUUUCAAAGGACAGCUGUGUGAAACGUCAGUAUCUAAUGACUACAAAAUGCGCUAGCACGAGAGCUUCUGGAAAUACAGAAUUGUAUCAAAUCUUGACCUGCUGCGCUUCAAGCUAAGAAAAAUUGUUUGCAGGACUCUUACCUUGACCCUAGAAUGUUUACUUGGCUGGAAAGUCGGUAACUUGAUCCCUCCUGCUGGUAGCACCAAGAGACGGAGUUCUACAACGAAUGUACAGUAUACAGAACUGUAGCUUUUGUUAAACAUAUAGGCAAGCUAAGCAACUGUCUUGAGUAUGCUGCUUAACUUUAGGAUGGCAGAAGACACCUAUACAAAUUGUACAACUUACUGUGAAUUUCUGGUUCUUCCAAGCUUUGCAUGUUACAGAUAAUUAGGUCAGUUUCCUUACAACAAAAGACCACAACACACUGUCAUGAUGGCAUUACUGGAAUUAUAUUCAGUAUAUAUAUAUAUAUAUAUAUAUAUAUAUAUAUAUAUAUAUAUAUAAAAGUAUAUAUAUUGUACAUCAGAAGGAUGCUGUUGCUUCAUAAUAGGAAUUUGUUUUGUGAUUAGUAUUUAUUUCCCAUUAAACAACUAUGGAAAGGUAACAGUAUUAGCUCUGGUGUUAAUCUAGCUAGACAGAUGAUCAGGUUUUCAUUCACUGCCCUCCACUGUAGCUUUAUGGGAUAUUCCAUGCUGAACGUAAGUGUGAGCUAGAAGGUAAUAGAAAAAUCAGCAGCUAUUUUUAGUGUAUGAGUUGGAAAAUAUAUACCUUCAAUUUUAAAUGUUUGUUUCUAUCUCAUUCAGAGAUGGCAAUAUGUCAGUUACUUACGGAAAAAAUGUCUAACCUUUCAGCAUCUUAAAACAUUUUGUGAUGAGUUGUUGUAGUUGGAUUUUGCAUGAGACCCUCUUAAAUUUGACAUCUGGUAUUUGAACGUGGUGAGCACAGGGCCUUUAAAAUGGUAGAUAAUUCAUGCUUUUUGGCCGUGUCACAGUUUAGUUCUCCUCUCAACAACAAUAUCAUACAAAAUCAUUUUAUCUCUAAAAAGGGGGGGAGGGGGAUUGGUGUUUACUCUUUUGGUGAUGUUUUGGAUAAGUCACUUUAACUUGCAAAUCUUAGUCUCAAGAGUGCAGUGGUAACUGUUUGCUGAAAUGGAGCAAUGCUUUUUUAAAAAAUCUGUAGCUUCUGGUACUAUGAAGAUGUCUGUAGUUCCCCUCCCCAACUCCACUCAUUGUUUUUCUUUAAAUAUAUUCAGCUUAUAGUUAAUAUUUUAACUAUUUAUAUUCCUUGAUAUGUAUGUAUCAACAUUUUUUACUAUAUAUACAUGUUGGGCAUUUAAUCAUACCGUAAUGAAUUAAAUGUUGUGUCACCCUUAUUUGUGUGUCUUACAACCAGUAAUGAUACUAGGCUCUAAACUGUGUUCUUGUCACAUAUUGGAUAAAAUUAAUUAGCUUUC